UCAUGAUGAGCUCUCAGGACAAGCACUCCGAGUCCAAAAGAAAAAGCUCAGGAAAAGCUCAGGAAAAGCACUCACUCAAAAGGCUAGUACUGAGCAGUGAGGACGGAGUGUGUAGACACUAGAUAGAGAAAGGAAAAGAAUAGCUUUGUCCAAAGUCCACUGUCCAGCCAUUUCUUCUGCGCUUUCUGGCCUGUCAGACAGAAUGCAGGCAAAGCUAGAGUUAAUGGAAAAGCGGACCAAGGAGCUUGAGCUUGCCUGCCCCAUCUGCUAUGAGCCGAUUGUCAGGUAUGGACCCAAGGGCUUUGGCAGGGCGGCCGUGGAUGCCUCCCGCUUUGAGUGCCCUCGCUGUAAGCGGAGCUUCUGCGGAAAGCAGGGCUAUGCUGACUUGACGGUAUUAGAAGGCGCACAGGAGUAUGCUGACUUCUUGCCGCUUGGGACGGAGCUGUUUAGACUUCCCUUAAUAAGCUAUGUCUAUGAGCGAGGCUGGCGUCAAAACUUUGCCCAGUCAGGGUUCCCUGGGGUGGACCAGGAGUUUGCCUUGGCACAGCGGUACUUAGAAGCAGCAGCAGGCGGGGUGCUCCUGGACGUCAGCUGCGGCAGCGGCCUAUUCACACGGCGGUUUGCAGCGAGCGGGAAGUAUUCAGUGGUGGUGGGGUCAGACUUCUCAGAGAGCAUGCUGGUGCAGACCAGGGACUUGAUUAGUCAAGACAAGACGCUUGAGAGUUCAGCCAAUAUUGCGCUUGUCCGGGCAGACGUUGGGCGGCUGCCAUUCCCGACAGGCUCCAUCGACGGGGUGCAUGCAGGCGCCGCCCUCCAUUGCUGGCCUUUGCCGAGCACAGCAGUAGCAGAGAUCAGCCGGGUUCUCAAGCCUGGAGGGCGGCAAAGUGCCAGCGAGACACGCCGAGACAUGGGAGGUGCUAAGGAGCAAGACGAAGAACAGCUAGAAAGAUGGCAGCCGCUGGGGAAGAGCAACCUAAGAAAGCUGCGUAGAAGAAGAGGACCGUCGGGCCCGCGCCUAGUUGCGCCGGUACUUUGCCCCCAAGAAAAGCGCACGAGCACCACCGAACUGUUUACGAAUCGGCUCCAGUAUAGCGGGGCCGUCACGAGUACGUGGCUGGAAAACUCCCCUGAGCUGCUGAAGGAGGCCGUCAAAGUCAGGCUUAGACUGACAAUAAGACCGGGGGAAGCACCCGGAAAUCUGACGAUGACCCGGGGAGUGAGGGCGGGGGAGCCCAUUGGACGGUUUGGGUGA